GUGCAUCCAGCUUGUUUGCGAGCAAGUGAAGCGCGACUGCGGAAAGCGCUCAAUCGACUGCUGUGACAUCUGCUCCUUGAAGUAGCAUAAACGGACUCCGCAAGGGCACACACAUGUAAAGCAAUCAAAAAUGAAUACAACGCAAAUGCAGUGAAUAGAAUUAGCGCUGGCUAAGAGCAGGGCAUAUGACAAAGUAAGCCACAUAGCUAAAAAUGCGGAGGUGCUUCGCGUGCUUCAUUUCCGCAGAUGAUGCGGUGCGUCCGCAACAAGCUGGAGUGUCUGCAGCGGCUUUGCUGCCGGCGCCUGAGCUUGCCGAAAAGCGGACUCCGACAGCCCAACACGACACCGCGCAGCAGCCACUAGUUGUCACAGUCUCUAGAAAGCAACAGACAGAACAACAAGUGCCGCUCCGGUGGCCGCGUUUGGAUACUCAAGUUUUUGCCCUGUUGGGAGAAACGCGCGCGGCCACGCUGUCCUUGGCCAACAGCGCAACCUGGACAGCAAGAGCAUACGGUCUGAUUAGGGCUCUGUCUGAGCGAUCACUGCAGGCGACUGUCUACGGUGCCGUGUCCCACGACGCGACUGGAGAGCUGCUAUUCUACGAGCUGGCCGGACUUGGGGGCGACCUGCCCGGCCCGGAGGCCCGGGAGCGACUGCCGUCCUGGUGUGGGCAGCAGCAGCAGGAGGAGGAGGAGGAGGCGGACGGCGGCACGGCCGAUAUUGGCUGCUGGCGUGUGGGGCGGCCGCCGCCCGAGGACGUCGCCGACGUCAUGCUCCGAGCCUGUACGACUGGGGCGGUGGUGUCCUGCCCGCCCGAGCGGCCCGGCGAGGCGUGUGUGCCGCUGAUGCUGCGCGGCGGGGUGCCCGCAGGCGCCCUGUGGCUGUCCGUCAUCCCCACCGCCGCCACCAGCCCCGCCGCGCAAGACGGCGGGCAACACCCGCGACCGGCGGCUGCGGCGGUGGGGCGGCCUGGGGACCUGCAGUUGCAGGACCACGCACAGCCGCCGCCACUGCCGCAGCCCUCUGGCGCCCUGGCAGGUGCGCCCGCCGCCGCACCCGCACCCGCACCCGGACCAGCGCCGCAGGCUCAGGCAGCCACCGCCAAGGCCACCGCCGGCACCAGCCGCCGCCCGCACUCGGGCGUCAGCAUCUCAGCCACCACCAUUGCGGUGGCGUUGCAGCCGCAGCCGCAGCCGCAGCAGCACGGCGCCAGCAGCCGCUCCCGCUGCCCGGGUGCGGGCGAUGGCGCUGUUAACAGGAGUAGCGGCGGCAGUAGCAGCAGUGAUGACGGUCUGCUGCUGCCCGAGGCUGUAGCCGCCCGGCUGCUGUCCGACGCUGCGGCGCUGGAGCUGCUGGGCUUCACCGCGGCCAUGGUGCUGCUGGCGCCCUGCGGCGGGGCAGCAGCAGGGGGAGGAGGAGGAGCAGGAGGAGGAGCAGCAGGCGCAAUGGCGGCGGCCGCUGCUGCGGCGGUCGCCGCCAUGGCUGCUGCCAACAGCGACAGCGGCUACGGUGGCGGUGGCGGCGGCGGCUCAGCGACGGCGGCGGCAGCUGCAGCUGCAGCUGCGGCGGCGGCCGCUGCCGCGGCGUCUGAGGCUCCGCCUGCGCUGGUGUGGCAGUCGGGUGUGGUCCACCGGCUGGCUGCUGCGGGCAGCCUGGCGGCGCUAGUGUCGGAGCUGUGUGUGGCGCUGGAGGAGCACGUGGAGCGAGCCUUCGUGCUGCAGCCGGCGGUCCGGGCGGCGCUGGUGCCCAUGGCGGAUGAGCCGCUGGGGCUCAUGUUCGGCCGCGUGGCCUACCUGGAACCCGCCGCAGCAGCAGCAGCCACCAACGCAGCAGCAGCAGCAGCAGCAGCAGCAGCAGCAGCGGCGGCAGCCUCCACCUCUGCCUCGAUCUCCGCCUCGGUGUCCGCCUCCGCCUCGGCCGCCUGUGUCCGCGCGCCGCGUGCUCUGGGCUCCGCCGCCGCCGCCACCACACACCCCUCCGCCGCGGUGGGCCUGGCGCCGGCACCCUCCUCCAGCCAACGCUCCGGGCGGCCGGCGGAGCAGCCGCAGCAGCCACAGCCGCAGCAGCAGCAGCCGGGCGACGGCCACCGGCCCCGGCGCCUCAGCCUGCUGCAGAGGGUGUCGCUGCUGGGCACUCGGACCAGCGGCCAACAGCAGCAGGAGCAUCCAGAGCUGACGGCUGCUACUGCCACUGCCACUGCUGCCGCUACUGCUACUGAGGCUGUUGCUGUGGCGUCUUGGUGGCCUGGCUCGAGCGCGUCCCUGCCUGCAGGCCGCAGCGGUGUGCCCGCUGGUGCAGGGAGCCCCGUGGGCGUCACCUCCGGCGCCACUGCUGAUCACACCGCCCAGACGCCGCCGCCGCUGCCGCCGCCGCUGUCCGCCUGUCCGCCUGCGGGUGGUGCGGGCGGUGUGUCCAGCAGCGGCGCCGCCAGCGGCCGGGCCGUCUACGGCAGUACUGCGGGCGCUGCUGCGUGCGCCGGCGACUCCCGGCACCUGGCGGCGGCAGCCUCCAGCUCAUCACAGCGCUAUGUGGUGCGCUGCACGCCCGCCGCGGUGGCGGCGCCGGCGGCUGCGGUGACUGGGCCGAGCGGCACGGAGGCCGCCGGCGCCACGGCGCUGUCCCUGCCGGCGCCCGCCGGCGCCUCCGCCUGCGCCUCCGCCUGGGACCCCGGCUGUCUCAGCGCCGCGCUGCUCAGCACCGCGCCGCUGCACGUGCACCUGCAGGCGCUGCUGCCGCCGCCGCCGCCCACCGCCACCGCCACCGCUCGCACCUUCCCGCUGCAGCACACGCUGCUGGCGGCGGUCGCCAAGGCCGACGCAAUCGCGGCGUCCACGGCCGCCGCGGCAGCGGUGGCGGCAGAGCCAGCAAGCGCCGCGUCCGCCAGUGGCGGCGCCGCCACUCGGGCCCUGGGCGCCGCCGCCACCGCGGCCGCCGCCGCCGUGGUUGAGGACGUUGCGGUGCUGCUGCAGGAUGUGCACCGCCCCUGCCGCGACGUGUGCCUGCUGCUGCUGGGCCCCACACCUGCUGCGGCCGCCGCCGCGGCGUCCACGGCGCAGGCGGCUGCUGCCACUGCCGCUGCCGCUGCUACUGCCAUCGGUCCCGCGCAGCAGCAGUCGCCCCUGUCCCACCACCACCUCAGCCAGCCGCUGCUGACGGCGGCCCCGGGCGGCGGUGGCUACGGCUCCCGCCGCCCCUGCAGCGUGGCCGCCAUGGCGACCAUGCUGACGGCGGCGGGCGCAGCUGGCGGCGGGGGCAGCAGGAUGGCGGGCGCCGCGACAGGGGCGGCGGGGUCCGCCAACACGGGGGGUCACAGCGGCCGCAUUGCCACCUUCCUCACAACCUCUGGCGGCAUGCCUGUCGCCGCCACCAACGCCCUGGCCGCUGCUGCUACCGCCGGCCACCUCAGCACACGCGGCAGCCUCACCUCCGGCUCCGGUCGCAACUCCGGCGCCCCCGCCGCCGGUGCCCCCGUGCGGUCGCUGGUGGUGGUGCUGCUGCGCACGGGGCCGGCGGCGAUGACCAGUGGCACCGGUGGCGGUGGCGUGGCGGCCGGCAGCAGUGUCAACCUCACAUUGGCGGCGGCGGCGGCGGCGGCGGCGCCCUACGUCGGCCUGUACCUCACCUUCCCUACGCGCCUGCCCGCGCCGCUGCUGCACGCCGUGCGCGGCAGCUGUCAGGAGCUGGCAGACCGGCUGCUGUGCGGCCCGGUGGCGGCCAGGCUGCGGCCGCCAGAGGCCGGGGCUGGGCCGGCGGCGGCGGCGGCGGCGGCGGCGGCGCGGCUGGGCGGCGGCAGUCUGGCGGCGGAGCUGGAGGUGUGCCGCGGCGGCGCUCCGGGCCAAUACGCCGUCAUGCGCACCACGGACAUCACCACAUCGGCCCUGGCGCCGCCGCCCACGCCGUCCUUUGGAGCGGGGGGCGGCGCCGCCAGCAGCGUCGCCGCCGCCGCCAACCACUUCCUGCUGAGCAGCGGCGGCGGCUGUGUGGACAGCUACGCCGGCGGCCUGUCUGGGCUGGGCCCCCUACAUAUGUCGCUGGUGUCCACUGCGCCGCAGUCCCUGUUCACCAACACCACCACCGCACUGGGCGUCACCGAGGGCGGCGCGGGCGCCAGCCCUCACCACCAGCACGCGCUGACUCACACCGGCGGCAUGCAUGCGCUCAUGGCUACCGGCAGCACUGGUGGCGGCGGCGGCGGCGACGGCCGGCAGGCCUCCUCCAGCCGUGUCCCACAGUCACUGGCGGCGUGGGGGCUGGGCACCGGCGCGGGCGCAAGCACGGACGGCGGCUCGGGCGCCGCCGGGGCCGGGGCCGGGGCCCGCGGCGGCGGCGGCACGGAGGCGCUUAUGGGCAUGGCGAGCACACGGGUAAGGGGCCGGCCCCUCAGCGGCAUCCUCAGCGGCGCCCUGUGGAGCGGCGGUGCGGGUCCGGUGGCCGCAGAUGACGCGGCGAGCAACGAAGGCAGCGGCAGCGCGGCGGUGGCGGCGGCGGCGGCGGGGGGCCCUGCAUCGCCCGCGGCGGGUGCGGGCGCCGGCUCGCAGCGCUCCGGGACCCAGGGCCACGUGAUCAAGUCCAUAAAGAGCUUUCUUGGCCCAACCCGCUCCCAGCUAUUGGCUGCCGUCACCACCCGCGGAGCCGUCGCCGCGGCGGCGGCCGCGGCAGGCGGCAGCGGCGGCACGGACCCGCCGCCGUCCGCGGUGCGGCAGGCCGUCACCGACACCUGCCAUGAGCAUUCCACCACCUACGGCCCCGACGGCCACCACCACCACACCCACCACAACCACCACAGCCCCCGCGCGCUGCCCGACCGCGGCAGCUCCCCGGCGGCGGGGCCACAAGCGCUGCGGGUGCCGGGGCUGAGGCAGCAGCAGCAGCUGCAGCCACAGCUGCCGCCGCCGCAGCUGAGCAGCCGCCGCAUCCACAGCGCCGGCAACGCCCGCCGCAUUGUGCUGCUGGCGGCGCCGCCCGAGACGCCGCAGCUGGCAGCCGCCAUGGCGCGCAGCGCCGGCGCUGCCACGGCCGAUGGCGGAGCCCCUGCCGCCAUCCCGGCCGGCGCCAGCACCGGCACCUUGGCUUCAUUCGCGUCGCCGUUCGAGAGCACCGCCGCCGCCCUGGCCUCGCCGGCCGCCGCAGCCGCUGCAGCCGCCGCCAACGCCGUGGCAGCUGCUGCCGACGGCGCCGCCUCCGCCGCCGCCGCGGCCGCCAACAACGCCAGCAGCCGCCACGCCUACCUGGCCAGUGGCAUGACGACGAGCAUCGCCGGCAGCGCCGCCCAGAUUCCGGAUGACAUGCUCAGCUCCCUGACCGCGCCGCUGUAUGCGACCACAGCCCAGCCCACCGCCUUCACCACCGGGGACUGCGGCGGCGGCGGCAGUGCCGCGGCGGCGCCGGGCUCCGCGGCCCCGGAUGUGGCGGCGGUGCUGACGUCCUGCUGGCACUACUGCGACUCCAUCAUCACGCUCACGGCCGCGGACGUGGGCGAGUCGGCGCGGCAGCAGAUGGACCUGCUGGUCGGCAGCAUCAACGCCACAGCCGGCGGCGGCAGCGACGACGUGGCGGCCGCCGCCUCCUCCGGCUCUGCCGCCGCCUCCACCGCCGGCUCCGCCGCCGCCCGCCAGCACCGCGCCGCCCUGGCCGCCGACCUGGCCAGUCUGCAGCUGCGUGAGAUGCUGGGGCGCGGCGGCGGCGGCGUGGUGCUGCGCGGCCGCUGCGGCGCCACCGACGUGGCCGUCAAGCUCAUGGAGAUGCCGGUGGAGGCGGACCCGGCGGCCGCCACCGCGCCAGUGCCGGCGGCCAGCCUGCUGGCGACCGCGGCGGCGGCGACAGCGCCCGGCGGGGAGCAGCCGGCGGCUCGGGAGGCGGCGCCUGGGGAGGAGGCUGCGCGGCUGCGCGCGCGGCGCACCAUGCUGCGCAAUGCGAUGGAGCUGUGGUGCGGCCGCGCGCUCAACCACCCCAAUGUGGUGCAGGUGUACGCGACCUACACCUCCGUCGUUCUCAAGGUGCGGCAGCUGCCUGCCGGCGGCGGGCGCCAGUUCUACCUGGUGCCUGUGCCCGAGGACUGCGUGCCGCCGCCGCCGCCAGGCCCUGCAGCCGCGGCAGCUGCAGGCGGAGGAGGCGGCGCCGGCAUCAGCAGUGUUGCCUCAUCCGCUGCCGGUGGGCCAGCGGCGGCCAACGGCCCCAACGGCCCCAACGGCCCCGGCUCUGCGCCGCCGCCGCCGCCUCCUGCUGCUGCUGCUGCUGGUGGCAUCGAGCCGGGCGACUCGGUGUGUACGGCACUGCUGGUGGAGUGGUGCGACCUGGGCAGCCUGGCGGCGGCGGUGGCGAGCAGGGCCUUCCCGCGCUACCUGCCGCCGCCCGGAGGCCGUGUGGCGGCAGCGGCGGCGGCGGGGGCCCAGCAGCCACCACCCGCUGUGGACAUGAUGGGCGUGUACCUGACGCUGCUGGAUGUGGCCAUGGCGCUGCGCUACCUGCACGGCCUCAACCCGCCCGUGGCACACCGCGACGUCAAGGCAGCCAACGUGCUGCUGCGCUCCAGCACCUCCGACCCGCGCGGCUUCAGCGCCAAGCUGGCGGACUACGGGUUCGCGCUGCCGCUCACAAAGACGGCGGAGGACGGCACCCGCUAUGCGCUUGUGGACCAGGCGUGUGGCACGGUCACCCACCUGCCUCCGGAAGCGCUCAACAAGGUCCCCCGCCUGGACGCCUCCGCCGACAUCUACAGCCUGGGCAUCACCAUGUGGGAGCUGCUGGCGGGCGGCCAGAGGCCCCACGCCGCAGUGCCCGUGGACCGCAUCCCCGGCCACGUCACCCGCGGCGGCCGGCCCGUGUUCACAGAGGCAGUGCCGCUGCCGUACAGGCGGCUGGCUGCUGCGUGUUGGUCCGCGGUGCCGUCGCGGCGGCCUCGCGCGGCGGAGGUGGUGGCGGCGCUGACGGCCGAGCUGGCGGAGCUGGAGCGCGGCGGGCACCAGCAGCAGCAGCAGGCGCAACAGGCGCACCUGGCUCAAGCACAGCGGCGUGCCGCCGCGGGCAUGUAGGAGUCGACUGGUGGCUGGGAUGGGAUGACGUCCGCAGCUGGCGGGGUGUCCUAGCUACGGUGUUCACGUGCCGCUGUGCAUGCAGCGUGCACAAAGCUGCCUUCUGAAGCAACUCACGAAGUGUAUUACGGCUUUUGAUGUUUUUAUUGAUUAUUCAUCAACAAAGAAUGAAUGCUCGCAAAAGAAUGUAUGUAUACGUUUCUAAGGCUGCGAGGUUGGGUCGAACCCCUAGCAGCACCAAGUACCGCAUGUCCGUUUCUAAAGGCGGUGUGGCCUUUCCACUCCACAAAGCAGCCUCACGCAGCAGCGGGGAUUACACCCUGCCCACCGGCUGUGAAUUGCCCUGUCGCGGGAAGUCGGAGGAGGAGGAGUGUCUGCUUGGGCCUUUGCCCUACCUGGCCCUGGCGCCGGCCCCGCCUGCUGCUUGGAUGCAUCGGGCGACGCAUCACGGUGCGUGUGUGCACGUGCACGCAGUAGCUAGCCGUGCUGUGUUCACUGCUGUGGGCCAAUGAAGUGGGCCCGGCCAAGAAGAGAUGCACUGCAGCAAAGGAGUAAUUUCUCACCAUCAGUGUAGUGAUCAUGUCUUACUGCCUAUCAACACUGGGGCUGCGGGCGCACGCAGCUUGUGUUACUGGGAGUUACUUACUGGCUGCAGCGGUAGGUGCCAGUGGCUGGUGUGCAGGCAGCUUGGCUAGGGGGGGGUGCCAUGAUGGAACUUCAGCCGAGCUCCUUGAUUGUGUGUGUGGUCUGGCUGCCCCAAGGCGGGUUUGGCUGCUGAACACUGCAGAUGGCACUGGGGCUGGCAAACAGGAACACGGCCACCCGCUGAUUUGGGGUCUGUCUGGGGUUUGAGACGGGGCAGACGUAGCCGUGUACACUUGGUGGGGUGCCGUGAAGGCAUCCGGGUCGGCCGCCCAUUCGUGCCCGCGUGCAUCGCGAUGUGAAAUGAUGAACCUCCCGGAUGUAUGGAUGCACGGGGGCCCAAGCUGAGCUGCAAUAAAGGAUGUGCUUGUCCGGUAUCAUUGCGCAAUCGCUCAAUCUCAGCCGAGCAUUGCCGUGCAACACGUUUUUUUUGCGGAACAUGGCAAGGACCACAUUGAUGGUGCGGGUUGUACGGUUGUAGAGAGGGGCGGCCGGUGUGUCGGCCGGUGCGCCCGGCAGGUCAAUAAGGCGACAUGUGCAUGUAUGUUGGGCCGAGUGUCGAAGCACGGCGUGCCGUGUGUUUCGGAACGCCCGCCCACUGCUGACAUGUCCGGUAUGAUGGAGCAAGGUGGGGCUGUCACGGAUGACGUGGCCGCUGUGUUGGUGGGCGGCCCCGCACAAGGCGUUGCGGGGGCGGGCGCCGUCGUAGGGCGCCGGAUGUAUGGCUGGGCUGGGCGCCCUUACAUGCCCCGUGGUGCAGUGUAGGUGCGGGGCGGCGGCGGCACCUACCGACGUGGCUUCCCAUCCCAUCAUGGCAAUCAAGCCGCGACUGCCCCACAUGCUACAGCUGCAUGCACGCAUACUGGCAGGCCUCCAAGGAGCAGUUCCUUCCAGGAGCAGUUUGGAGGACGACGUCAUCAUCAUUGCACUGGAAUAAUGGCACUGGUGUUGCUCACUGGCAAUAUGUGCGUUGCAAUAACACGUGCAAGUGCGAGUAUGCGUGACGUUCCGUACUGCUGUGCUUGGCGCGCUGCGCUGCGAGGGUACUGACGAGAGUGGCUUGGCGGCGGUGCAGGGCCUGGCGCAGGCAGCAGCGGUCGGUGGUGUAGGGCCUGGGCUCAUCAGCAGUGGCGGCAUGCAUGUGCGCAGCAGGUGCGGCACGCAAGGCCACGUGGACGGGGAGAGCGCCGCGCCGCCCGAGAAGUGGCGCCAGCUAGCGCGAAUGUUGAGACCUCCCUGGUUUGCGCUCUUUGCUGGCGAGCAUAGCGUGGCACGGUGUGUCGUUUGUUGCCUGCGGUGCUUGUGCUUGACAGAGGGACGCGGCUGGACAUACGGCGGCGGGCGGUGCCUGUGCAAACCGCCCCCGGCUAUGUCCGGGAGAUGAGCGAGGUAGUUUCGAAACCUUCGGCCUCGGGCGGGACAGUAUUGAGCGCGGCCUCGGACGGGACAGUAGUGGGUGCAACCACUUUCUUGUCAGCAGGUGCCACAUGUUGCUGGCCGGGCUGUAUGUGUAGUAGGGGCAGCCCUGACCUGCGGGCUGGCGCACUGCGUGCUCGUCUCCUUUCUAUAAGGUGUGUAUAACAAAAUUGUAAGGAAGUCAAGCGACG